AUUUGUUUCACAUACAAACGCAACCGACGACAAUUCACAGAAACUCUCUCUUUCCCCCUUCUUCCCCGGUUCCCACCCUCCCCAAAUCAUGAAACCCUAAUUUCCUACUAGUCAACCCAAAUCAGCGCCUCUAUUUCACUAUCACUACAUAUGAACCCUAAUUAGCUAAUACCCUUUUCCCCUUUUCACCCCCUAGUUCUUCUAGGGUAAGAUUUUUCCUUCAAUUUUUUCACCUUCGAUUCGAUCUUUGCCUCUUUUCUUUUUUUUUUUUUCUCAAAUUCAAACAUGGAUGGCAACAAAGAUGACGCCUUGAAAUGCUUGAAAAUCGGGAAAGAAGCGUUGGACGCUGGAGAUCGUGCGCGUGCACUCAAAUUCCUCAACAAAGCGCGUCGCCUGGACCCAACACUUCCUAUCGACAAUCUCUUAUCAGCAGCAGCCGAAAAAGAUUCCGACGACCGACCCGCCCCGGAAUCUCCGGGGUCCACCAAAGAUCCGUCCGGGGCUUCUCAUUCUAAGCCGUCCGAUCAACCGUCAAUUCGCCAAAGGAAUCCAUCAACUGGGUCAGCUGCCUCCUCUUCUUCGUCGGCUUCUUACACCGAAGAGCAAAUCACAAUCGUGAAGCAAAUCAAGAAAAAGAAGGAUUAUUAUGAUAUUUUGGGGUUAGAGAAAACGUGUUCCGUUGAAGAUGUUCGUAAAGCUUAUCGGAAACUAUCCUUAAAAGUUCAUCCUGAUAAGAACAAAGCUCCCGGGGCUGAGGAAGCGUUUAAGUUGGUUUCAAAAGCGUUUCAGUGCCUAAGCAAUGAAGAAAGUAGGAAAAAAUAUGAUCUUGUCGGAUCGGAUGAACCUGUUUAUGAAAGGAGAGCUUCAGCAUAUCGUGGCGGAGGAGGCAACGGGUUUAAUGGUUUUUAUGAUACUGAUUUUGAUGCUGAUGAGAUAUUUAGGAACUUUUUCUUCGGUGGAAUGCCUCCUGCAACCACGCAAUUUCGAAGUUUCAAUUUUGGGCCUGGGAUGGGAGCUAGAAUGGGGGAUCAUGGCUCUACCGGAUUCAAUAUUCGGAUGCUGAUUCAGUUGUUACCGGUUCUGGUAAUUCUUUUGUUGAACUUUUUACCGUCCUCUGAGCCUGUUUAUUCACUGUCCAGGUCGUAUCCUUAUGAGUACAAGUUCAUAACACAGAAGGGUGUGAAUUAUUAUGUGAGGUCAACGAAAUUUGAGCAAGAUUAUCCACUUAAUAGUCCUGAGCGUAUAAAGAUCGAGGAGCGUGUUGAGAGAGAUUAUUAUUCAGUUUUGGCCCAGAAUUGUAGGUUUGAGCUGCAGCGGCAGCAGUGGGGGUUUAUUCGUGAGACGCCACAUUGUGAUUUGUUGCAGAAGUUUCAGUCGGCAGCUUAAUGGCUUCCAUUAAGGUGGGACACUAAACUAAAAGGACCACACUUUUCACCUUUCACUCUCUGCUUGUUGUGCUACUCAAAGACCGGCAACUGCACUGUGUAUUGGAUAAUACUCAUGGCAAAAUCUUUUUCAAUUUUAUAGUUAAGGUUCAUUGAUCCUGUAUCUAGAGUUCUCAGGCUUGCUAGUACAGCAUUAAGACCACAUACUAAAUUUUUCGGGGUAUUGUUUAACGUGAGAUGCUAUAUACCGAGAGUGAUGUAUGUCCAGAGUAUUGUCUGGACUGUUAUAGGAUACGCACCAAGCAUUUUGAUGUUAAUGAAGUUAUUUCCCCUAUCCAAAAAAUUAAAGAAAGGUAAAUGCAGUCUUUGUUUUGAAAAGUUAGCAUAUCUUAAGGU